AUGCCUAGCGAAGGAAGCUCUCGCUCACCUUUGGGUGACCUGACCAACCACAGCGCCAAGCGUGCAGCGCAAAACAACUCUUGCCAGCCCACCGUGGCAAAGAAGUUGAAGACGGCCCAGUCUUGCGUCGCUGGCUCACUUUAUGCAGCGUCGUUGCACACGCCGUGGGGAACGGAGGGGGCCGAGCCAGACUCGGAGGACGACAAUGCGGGUAUUGACUACCCGUACGACGCAUUCUCGGAGUCUGACUCCCAACGCGACGAGCGUCCUAACUACUAUGAGCGAGAGUUCCUCGACUGGCCGUCUUCCGAUGACGAAGGCAAGCGGGACUAUGAGCUCUACGACUCUGAUGACAAGGCGAGGAGUGACUGCAGCAGCAGCAGCGACAGCAGCAGCGGCAAGAGCAGCAGCAGAGGCAAGAACAGCGGCAAGAGCAGCAGCAGCGGUGACAGCAGCGUUGCUGGCAAGCAAGCUGAGCGUGGCAAGGGCGGUGGCACCAUUGAUUUUGUUUGGCAGGACCAAGACCUCUAUGCAGAUGACCAGUCACUGGAGGAUGCCGUCGACUGGGUGGCACUGCUCUCGGACCACCAGCCCAUUGAGCUGCAAACCACGAUGCAGCCACAAGCUGCAAAGAGGCAUGCUGGGAAGCGGCACGCAGCAGCCCAAGCAGCAGCCCUGGCCUGCCACUCAGGACCAAAGGAUAUCAAGCACCUUUUGAGCCUUGAGGAAUCCUUGAAAGCUGCCCAACAAGUCUGCAACCGGCUGCAAGUGCGUGAGGACGUCAAGGCGACGGUCAACAGCAAGGAUUUCCUUCAGAAAUUUGUCAAGAGCGCCACUGUCCAUGGCAAGCUCUGCUGUUCUACUAUUGCCAACCAAUCUUGCAGGGUAAAGGCAAUUGGAUUGCAAGAUGGGAGAAGCAUGGCAGAGGAAGGUGGUGGUGGGGUCUACAAGGGCACUUUCUUUGAUGAAGAUGGAGAGCCAACUCACCGCUACACCGGCAUGACCACCAACUUUGCCCGCCGUUACCGAGAGCACGUUGUUGCUUGCCUGUACUCACCAUCGGUCCACUACAAUGCUGCUCAAGAGGCAGAGCACUGCUCUUACAGAGCACUUGCCAUUGUCAGCAAGGGACAGUACAACAACUCUGAGUAUGCCCAUUUGCUCGGAUGUCUAGAGUUCAUAUGGACCAUUCGUGUGGUGCUCACUGGCCACAAGACAACUGCUGCCAGAGCUUCUGCGCUCAACCCUUCCCUCUCUCCUCACUUUGCGGCACUGGUUGAUGCAGAGUCUGACCGGCUCAGGGCUUCCUCACCUGCUGAGCUUGAGCUUGUCAAAGGAAGAAUGUUGGUGGCAAAGGUUGCCUAUUGCCAUGCAGUUGCAGCUUUGUUGCUGGCAGGCCAAUACAAACUGCGCUUGUGCUACAGCAAAGAGCACAACAGCAUCCAAGCCAGCAAUCUUUACAGCCUUGUGGUGCCAGCCCAUUUGCGCCGCAUUCUCCUGAAGAAGCUUUCAGAACUGCAAGACAGUGGUGUCACAGUUGCAAAGCUCAAGCUGCUUCUGCCAUCAGCGCAGAAAGCCAGCCCUACAGACUUCUUUGCUGGCAGUUCCCUCCAUCAAGCUCACCUCUUUGCGGGCAUACACCUGCAGCUGCUGCUCCCCAAGCUAGGCUUGCAAUGUCUGCAAGAGGGUACAACAAAUCUACAUGAGGAAAUGCAAGCAGAGUGUAUCCACAAGAUCAGUGAACUCUGA